CCAAUUUCUUAUCAAAACAGUUUGACAUUUGGAAGUAUGUUGUUGCGUUGAUUCAUUUUAUACACUUUUUAUUAUAUUAGCGAAACAAACUAAAAAUGGCCACAACUUCGGAGGAGAUUUCUAAGAACCAAGCCACCGAUGGAAUUCGUGAGGAUAUGGUGCAAACGGCGGUACGAUUCCUUCAAAAUCCGAACGUAGUAAACACACCUUUAGCCCAAAAACAAAAAUUUCUUCAAAGAAAAGGACUAACCGACCCCGAAAUUCAAUUGGCGUGCGAAAGAUCGGGCGCGUAUACUGCACACAACCAAAACAAUAUCCCUCUUCCGCCUUCCAGUCUCACUGUUGCACCUUAUGGGUACGGUUACAGACAAGUACAGAUCACAUGGUUCGAUAGAUUGAGGGAACUUGUUCAUAAUGUUGCCAUAUUCAGCAUUGUUGCCUAUGUUAUUCACAAAUUUUAUCAGAAUUACGUAGCACCAUUUUUGUUUGGAAAAAAGAAGAAAAGUGUAGAGGAUUCCAUCAAAGACCUCGACAUAAAUAUGAAGGAAUCUGUGAAAAAUUUACAAGAAAAUUUAGAAUGUGUCAAGAUUGAAGUGGACAAAAUCAAUCAGAGUUCUGAUUUGAAUACAUCUAGACAACUAAGUGACAUCAAAUCUGAUAUUGCCACAGUUAAAGGUCUUCUAUUGAGCAGGAAACAAUUUCCUGUAGUACCACCAUCGAUUCCCGCAUGGCAAAUGGCGAGUGUUGAUCCGGGUGAUCACGAUCAGGACGUGGAGGACAGGAAGAACGAAGAUCUGAUGGAAGUCGGAUCGGGAUCGGGAUCCGGAUCUUCCGAACCAGAACACUGUACCAAAACCAGCGAGUCUAGUCUAGAAAUUAUAUACAAUCCAAAAGACUACGAUACAGAAUCGUGUCACAGUAGGAAAAGUAAAGAGGAAAUUGAAAAGGAUUAAUUAUUUUUAUUUAUACAAUGUUUUUUAUUGUUUACAACAAUUUGUAUAUUUUUAGUAAAUACAUUUUUUUUUUUUUGUUUUCA